AUGGAUCAAACAUUCCAACCCACGCCAUCGGCGCCCGUCAUCCGCCUCAUGGUCCUCGAGACCGACAAGCCUCACCCCGACACAUACUCCCAGCGCGGCUCCUUCGGACGGAUCAUCUACGAGCACUUCAGCCGAGCCGGGCGCGAGCACCGCCCCCCUCUCGGCGUCGAGACGGACCAAGUCUUCGUCGUGACCGAGCAAGGCGGGCGCAUGCCCUCCGCCGCCGAGUUCGACCGGUUCGACGGCCUCCUCAUCACCGGCAGCGUGUACGACGCCCACGCCAACAACGACUGGAUCCUGCAGCUGCUCUCCCUCCUGCGCACGCUCUGGAUCCAGCGCCCGGACUUCCACUUCCUCGGCGUCUGCUUCGGCCACCAGCUCCUAGCCCGUCUACUCGGCGGCUCCGUCGGUCCCGCGCCCUCGCAGGACUGGGAACUCGGCCACUGCCGCAUCGACCUGACCCCCGUCGGCCAGCACAUCUUCCACACGCGCAACGACCACGUCCAUCUGCACCAGAUGCACCAAGACCAGGUCGUGACGGCCCCGACCGCUGCGUCCGCGGGCCUCGCCCACCUCCCUGACGACACGGAGAUCGCGUGCUGGGGCCGCAGUGACCACACGCCCAUCCAGGGCCUGUAUAUCCCGAAUCGGCUGUUCACGACGCAGGCGCAUCUGGCCUUCGACGAGGAUAUGGUGAAGCGGCAGAUUCAGAUCCGGGUGGACGCCGGCGGGAUUAAGGAUUUGGAGCACGCGGAUCGCGCGGCGGAGACGGCGCAUCUGGAGCAUGACGGGGUGGAGGUUGCGAAGGCGAUAUUGCGGUCAUUUGUGUAUGAUAGAGAUGACGGCGAGGAUUAG